UGGCUGAGGUGACUUUUAUAAAAAAAAAAAACGUACCAGAGAACUUUCUUUAUAAUAAAAAGAACAGCUCAUGGGGUUCUGAGAAAUCUCGGGGAAAAAUUUUUAAUUUCAAAGAGAAAGCGAAAAUUAAAUUGCGAAACUUCAGAUCUACGUUUUCCAGCAGGGAAGGAAAGUUUUUAUUUCUAAAUCCCGUCAGAAUGAAUAACGAGGCUAUGCAUCGCACGUACAUUUGUGUUGGUAGAACCGGCACUGGAAAAAGUUCAUUGUGCAAUCAGAUUCUGGGUAGAAACCAAUUUAUUGAGUCAGACUCAAGUACGUCCGUAACGUCAGCGCCUCAGCUGGCCCUGUCCUUUAAUCUAGGCUAUAGUUUCACUGUAGUUGACACCCCCGGCGUAAUGGACACGUCCGUGAACAGCGAGGAGGCCAAGAAGAAAAGCUGUGACGAGAUGAUUGAAGCGAUGGGUCAAUGCCCAGAAGAAGGCAAACGAGCAUUUCUGUUAGUCCUGAAAUACGGAGAUCGAUUUACUGAAGAGACCAGAAAGUGUGUGGACAUCAUUGAGACAAUAUUUGGAGAUCAAUGUCUAGAAAAAUGUUGCAUUGUUGUCUUUACUCAUGGAGAAGCUUUUGAUGCAAACAAUGAGGAAACAAAUAUUUCAUUUGAAAAUUGGUUUCGAAAUCAACGCGGAGACUUAGAGCUUUUAUUACAAAGAUGUGAAUACAGGUGCUUAUUGUUUCGAAAUAAAACUAGAGACCAAGAAGUCAGCAGACAACAGAUUGAAAGUUUGAUUCAAAUGACAAACAAUCUGGAUGAAAGUUAUACUCAAGAGAAAUUCGAAGCCGCCAGAUAUAAACAUAAAAGACUAAUUUUAGAAUCCAAAUUACCUGAGCUGUUAAAAAACUAUGAUCUUCAACUGAAUGAACUACAAGAAAAGACAAAUAGCAAUCUGGUUCAACAUCAAACCAUGGAGCAACUCAAUUCUUUUGAAAGAAAGGCUAAAGAAAUUGUGUUAAAAUUACAGUCAGAAGAUGAAGGCAUCUACUAUCGUGAAGGUGAAUUGAGUUUAUUUCACCAGCAAAAACUGAGAGCUAAACAGAUAGUGAAACAAAUUCAUAUUCAACAAAUGUACAAACUGAAACUGGAGUUGACAACUUCUAUAAACAUCUUUAAACUUAAAAUUCAGACAAGUGAACAGUCAAGUACAUUGGAUCAACUUGAAGAUGAGAUAAAGCAAUUCUUCGCACGAUUCACAGACUUUGGCUUAAUUAUAGACAGAGAUAACAUAACGGUGGAUUUUGAAAGAGACGGCAUAAUUAGCCAGCAGGAAGAUAUACAGCACUUUGAAGAUGUCAAAAUCUUAAUAAAUGAACUUUAUAAUGUAAUGAAUGAGAAAAGAAAUUAUUUAAGGGAAAGAAUGACAGAAGACGAGUUAAAGAGAAAAAUUCGAUUUCUGAGACGGAAGUUGAAUUCAAUCCCAGCGUCAGAGACGAAUAGCGAACUAGCGGAAAAUGUUCUACAAGAAACGACGGAACUUCUGAACGCAGUGCAGCCUUGCAGGGCCAUGGAGAACUUGAUUGAGCAGCUCAAAGACAUUGAAGAUGAGGCCAAGCUAAAAAAAGAACAGUGUGAAAGAAACAGGCAGAAUGCUAUACAAGAGUCUGUGUUUGGCAUUGUCUCUGGUGCCUUCGGGCUUGCGGGAAGUGCGGCCAGUCUUAGUAGACAUGCCGUUGCAAGAGGUUUUAGUAGGAUUGUCCCAGGCAUUACAUCCAUUUCAAGAUCUACUUUUGACUUCAUACGAAGGGCAAGGCGUUGAUUGAUCUGUGUUUUCUCAAGCAAUACAAGUCACGAUUCUUUGGGGUUUCCAGUGUACUUAAGACGAAAGCUAUGCUAUAGUACUUUUUACAAAGCAUAUAUCAACUCACUCUGUCUACCUGUCUGUCUACCUGUCUGUCUGGUGAAAAGUUUGAACAUUUUUCUUCUCCCAUUUCAAAUUCUCAGAUCAAGCAGAUUCUGUGCAAAAUAUUAAUUGUACUUGACAAGCCAGGAAUAUUUUUUUUUUCAUCAAUUAGUUAAUUAUUUAUUGGUGAUCAAUUGCUUUGUUUGAUAUAGAAAUAAGGGGAAUAACUGCUAUCAAAUAAAUAAUGUGGCUGUAUUUAUGGAUUUAAUCACCUUACCAUAUUACAACACGGUUUUUCCACCAUUUUUCAUUCUCGGAUCAAGAUGAAAUUUUGCGUAUUUAUUGAUGGUCAUCACGAUUAAAUAAAUUAAAUUAGCAUUUUUUUUAUUAAUUAGUAGAAAUUCAUUUUGAUUUAUAUGGCAGAUAUGUUACUAAACCUUGCACUUUUCUUAAAAAUGGCCACUGUCUGUGGGUUUUCAACUUAGAUAAGCUUUGUUUUUAUUUAAAAUGUAAUCAUUUUAAACUUGCUUGUUGUUGUUUUAUUAUAUUUUACCUAGUAUUAUUAGCGAACAUGUUCUUUCUUGUCUAAUUUGAAAGUGAAAGUACGAGAAAAAAAAGGAUCAUUUAUUUUAAGGUAAAUCUUCGUGCAUAGUAGAAUGAAUUUUUAGUUUUUCAAUAAAACAUCCUGCCUACCAAUAACUAGAAUUUCAUGUGUUCAAUCCCUACUAUCGCCAUUUUUUUUUCUUUAUGUCAUAUAAACUAAGAAAUAUGAAUGUUGGGUUUAAAAAUACAGAGGAAAUUGAUUAAUUACAUUUAGUUUGUAUAUAUAUAUAUAUUAUGCCAUUUCUGGCAUGUUGCAAUGGAAUUGUGUAGCUAUUUCCUCUUAGCACACAGAAAUCCUCGUUUUUGAAAAUGAGUUUUCUUUAAUCAGUGACUUGUUUUAUUUGGCUCAUGUAUUUUAGAAUCUCUCCAAGGCACCCAUUUCAUGCAAUGUCGUGUUUCUUGAGGUUUUCUCAUAUCCGCCACAAAGAUCUAUUUGCUUUAUCUUGUUUUGUUUUUGUUUCAAAGUUUUUAUCAACUCACUCUCUGCCUGGUACAAGUUGUGUACACCCUUAUUUCUACCAAGCACAUUCUUGGAUCAAGCUGAAACUUUACACAAUUAUUUGCUGUACCCAAAAUAGUGGGAAUCAAUUUUAAAAAAAUCUAUAACAAAAUUAAGUAUUGAAAAUCAAUUUAUUUGAAAAUUAAAAAAAAAGGGAAAUAAUUUUUUUUUCAUUGAGAGAUGUUGCUGUAUAUGUGGAGUCACUUCCCUUAUUACAUUUUGUACGCGUUUUGUUUCUCCCUUUUUUCUUUUACAGAUCAAUUUGUCGCUAACAAUAUAUGAAUCAAUAAAAAAAAAUAUUUAAAAAAAUUAAUUGAUAACUGGUCAUAUAACUUUGCUUUAAAUAGCAAAAGGGAGCUAAUGAGAGAAAUGGCGUUUUUUAUAUGAGAUAAGCAUUGUUUUUAAAAUAGAUUUGUUUUUUUUUUUUAUUUAUUUUUUUGCUAUGUGAACAAAUAGCAGAUGCCUUUGCUUAACUAUUAUGAAAGUUCCAAACAGUUCAAGCACAUUUUGACCAACGUAUAUAUUUGCAUAUUUUUAUUUACUAUUAUACAAAGAGUCGGUCUGUUGGCUAAAGAGGGCAACCAUAGACUUAUAUAUUAUACUAGCCUAGAAACCGGAAACAAACUCUUAUCUGCGAAUGAUCGAUUCACAGACCUAGAUAUAUAGAUUUUUAUGUAUGAAACUCUUUUUCAAGAUCUAGGGGAAGUCGCCCAAAUCAAUAUUUUCUGUCUUAGAAAUGUAAUGAUCUUUAGUUUUCAAAGUUUAAAAAUAAUGCAAUUUUCUUUGGAAUUGGCUAUUAAUCACAGAACUACAUAUUCACGCAAAUAUAUGAAACUAAGCCAUUUCGAAAUAAUUCAUGUCUUUUUAUUUUAAUCAUUAAUUAACUAGAUCUUUCUAGAUUAUGUAUCUAAAAAUUGCAAAGUUAUAAUUAUGAGACGAGAGCACUCUUAUUUUUUGAUGUUAUAGAUCUAACAACUAAAUUAUAUGUUACAUAGGUUAGAGUUGAAAAAAAAAAGCAACUUUACUUCUUACUUUACAAAACAACUCCUUGUUUCAACUUAAAAAAAAAUAUUUCAGGACAUUUUUUGUAUUGAUAAAAAGAUAUAGUAUAUAUAAGUCUAUGGCCAAAACUUUUGUACACGUUAUUUCUCCGACACCCAAUCUCGAAACAAGCUGAAAUUUUACACAAUUAUUUCUUUUACCUGACAACACAAGAAUCAAUUAAAAACCAAUUAGUGUAUUAAAAAGUAGUUUAUUUAAUUACUUUGUUUGGUAUCUCAAACAAAGGAAAGAAAUAGUACUUGACUGGAGUGGUACUAAAAUCCAAGUUAUUCCCCGUUAUAGUUUGCCUUCUUAGGCUUAUUACAAAAAUAAUUACAUAACUGAUCCAAACUAAUUGACACACUUAAUAUACAUUUUGAUUUUUAAUGUAAAAAAAGCAUUGUUUUUUUUUUUUGUUCUUUGCUUGUUAUUUUUUAAAAAUUACAUUUUAAAUUUUGUUAACGUUUAAUGUCUACUAAAUAACUGCUUAUGUUAAUAUUUAUAAUCGUAAUUAUUUAUUCUGUAUUUAAUUUGAAUAUCAGUUGUUACCAAACUGUUGUUUUUUAUGUGAUCUAGUUUACAGUUCAAAGUCACAUUGUAAAGGCUCACUUAGCAAAUAUAUAAUAUUCUGAUAUUUAAUUGUAGGCAUAUAGGGGGGGGGGGUAUUUUUAAAUAAAUAAUAUAUAUACAUAAAGACGGUGGGUCGUUGUUCUGGCUACAUGAUACCCUCGUUAACCACGAGCCAAAGAAAUAUAUGACCUUUACAUCAUCUGCCACAUAGAUCUCAAAGUCUGAAAGGGGAACUUUACUUUUUUUUAGACAUACAUAUAUGGGAAUGUCAGGACUUAGUUGAAUUAAUUACUACGUAUUAAUGUGUUUAGUUAUUAAAAUCAAUGUGAAUUACAAAUGUGUGUUCGUUAUAAUUACUUUAUAACAUAUAUUAAUUAUAGCCCCGAAUUCAGCCCGACAGCCACACCAUACACACCCAGUUGUGCAUAAACUAAUAAACGAGGUGUAUGAUGAUUUAAAUUAAAGUAUAAAUUUAAUCUAAUAUGUGUACAAUGAAAAUGAUAUAUGAUCAUGUAAAGGUCAGCUGUUUCUUUGGCCUAGAGUUAACGAGGGUGUCGUGUGGCCAGCACAACAACCAACCGCUUUAAUUCUUCUCAACUAAUGUCAGGUACCCAUUAGAGAUGGGUGGAGUCAGAGGCGCCCUAAGAUCCUAAAAAUUAAAAAUCCCGGUCUUUACCAGGAUUCGAACCCACGGUUCGGAAGUCAAUCAAGUGCUUUGCCACUCAGCCACAGCGCCUCCAAAAGAAAUCUUUAGAAUAUCAUAUAUCUUGUAUUGACCCCUUUUAGAGCUCUUUUCAAUGCUCAGUGAUGAGAAAGUCAAGAAGUUGCGACUUUCAUAUAUUUAUAUAUGACAGUCCAUCAGCGAAGACCUUAAAGUAAUAAAAAAGCCAAAGCCGUGAACACUGGAACUGACCAAAGCUGCACUAGCCUUGUGUGUGGUCGCCUUUACAACGGGGAAUAUUGAACGUCAAUGUCAUCUUUGAGUUCAUAGGAAAUUUCUGUAUACAAAAUAAACAAAAAGUUUGUGUGCUGUAUUUUUGGCUUAUAAUUAAAAUUGUAUAUACUCUGAGCGGAAACCGCUGAA